AUGGCUCGAGACCUGACUACUGGUGACCUCGUUCAGGUGGCUGGCGAGGAAGCACCAGCUCAACAGGAGGCAGGAGUGGACAAGCCGGGGGACAAGCCGGGGGACAAGCCGGGGGACACUGCGACCCAGCAGCAAGCACAGGAGGACACAUUGAUCCAAGUUCGAGAGAGCGACGACAAGAACAAGCCCGCGCCACCGGAGAAGCAGGAUGCAGCGGCCGGCAUCUUGUCUCCUGAGCAGCCGAGAAAGGAGCAGCAGCCCGGCCUCCCAGACCGCCUCGACGUUCCCGAACCAUCCAACUACAUCGACCCAACACCCCCGACCCCGACAGCCUCGCAGCCCCCCUCACGCACACCCUCCAACGCAACCCGCUCACACGAUGCCGACGACGAAGGCCCCGGUGCCGGAUCAGACGGCGGCGACGUCGAUAAGAAAGAUGCGACCGACGACGAGAAUGCUACGCCCGGGUCGCAGUCGGAGAUCCAGAGCAUAAUGGAGCAGUUCAGCGAGGUGGGCGCCGGCCCCGGUGUUGACGAGGUCAUGAGCCCGCGCCUCGAGAUCGCCUCGCCCAGGUUCAGCAACCUACCCACUGGGUCACAGCAGCAGCAGCAGCAACCUCCCCUUCCGCAGCACCCGCCUCGAAAAUCCAGCCUCGAACCUCUGUCGACGGCAGCACCGCCGAAUUCCUCCAUCGUGCAACAGAUGCAGAGCCUGAACCUGGUCGACCCAGCGACGGCGACCCCACAGAAGCAGCCGGGCGAGGAGGACGACCACCCGCCGCCGCCGGUGCCGCCCAAGGACGACGAGGUGCCGCUCGCAUCGCCGCGGCCGCAGCUCGACCGGUCACCGACAGCCACAUCGGAGCCGAUGCCGCCGUCAUCGCCGACGCUGCACCGGCGGCCGCCGCCGGAGCCGGAACCAGAGUCAACGCUGCCGUUCGACUUCCACCGGUUCCUGGAGCAGCUUCGCAACAAGAAGGCCGACCCGGUGGCGCGGUACCUCAAGUCUUUCCUGCAGGAGUUCGCCAAGAAGCAGUGGAUGGUGCACGAGCAGGUCAAGAUCAUCAGCGACUUCCUCGCCUUCAUCGCCAACAAGAUGGCGCUGUGCGAGGUGUGGGCCGAGGUGCCGGACGCCGAGUUCGACAACGCGCGCGAGGGCAUGGAGAAGCUCGUCAUGAACAGGCUGUACUCGCAGACCUUCUCGCCCGCCAUACCCGCCCCCAAACCCAUACCCGGCGCCAAGCCGAAGAGGAGGGGGGCGGACCCCCCGCUGGGCCCCGGCCGGCACGGCCAGCACCAGGAGGACGUCGAGAGGGAUGACAUACUCACCCAGAAAAUCAACAUCUACGCCUGGGUCCGCGAGGAGCAUCUCGACAUCCCGCAGAUCGGAGACUCUGGUCGGCGAUUCCUCAAGCUAGCGCAGCAAGAGCUUCUCAAGAUCAAAUCGUAUAGGGCACCGAGGGACAAGAUAAUCUGUGUGCUCAACUGCUGCAAAGUCAUAUUUGGUCUCCUCAAGCACAACAAGUCGGACUCGUCGGCCGACUCAUUCAUGCCCAUGCUCAUCUUUGUUGUUCUGCAAUCCAACCCCGAGCAUCUCGUCUCCAACGUGCAGUACAUUCUGCGUUUCAGAAACCAGGAAAAGCUAGGAGGCGAAGCAGGCUACUACUUAUCAUCGCUGAUGGGCGCCGUCCAAUUCAUCGAGAGCAUGGAUCGUACGUCCCUGACCAUCUCGGACGAGGAUUUCGACAAGAACGUCGAGGCAGCCGUGUCGGCCAUCGCCGAGCGUCACCAAGCUGCCAACCUCUCCCCCGCCAUACGACAACAGUCGACCUUUGACGGUGGGAGCAGCAGACCUCAGCAGGGGUACCCAGCGCGGACGACAUCCCUGGUCGACUCCGGCCCCUCGACCACCACCACCAGCAGUCCAGACGACUCGGUCCCCAUGAGCGGUCUCUUCAAGACCAUCCAGAAACCCCUAUCUACAAUCGGCCGCAUCUUCGGCGAGGACUCUGCGGCCAGCAGUCCCGAUGAAGACGACGAUGACGACGACGACGAAGACGACGACGACGACGACGAUGCUCGCCAUCAUGGCCUACCUCCCCCACCCAUAUCCAAGGAGGCCGGGGCAGGUGGAAGGCCAUCGUCCCGCCACGACCUGUCGGCCGAGGAGGCUGCCGCUCGUCAAGCCAGCGCCGAGACGGCCGAGGCUCAGAGGCUACAUCGUGCGGAGCACGCUAGCGUCGUCGAGACCCUGGCUGGCAUGUUUCCCGAUCUAGAUAGGGAUGUCAUUUCUGAUGUUGUCCAUGAGAAAGAGGGGAGGGUCGGUCUGGCCGUCGACGCCUGUCUCGCCCUGUCGAAUUGA